CAAUGUUCAUAUUAAAAUAUUUAGGUUCAAUUUAUACAUACAACCAAUUUAUAUUUAUCGAAUUCAGAAAUAUUUCUUAUUAACAUAGCGAGAUGAUAAUAAUUUAAGAGCUUCUUUGCUGUUUUUGAACUGUUAUUGUUUAUGGUAAAACCCUAAGAAUAGUUAAUACUUAUAGCUUCGAUUAUUUAUUACUGUCAAGUUUAUUCUUAUCACUGUUGAAAAGGAUUCAGUCUGAAGUGAAACAAAAUAAAAAAAAUUGUAUUUUGUCAGUUAAUUGAUAAAUUUCUUUACAUAAUUUUUUUCAACACGUUCUCUCCUUUCAAAGUUGGUGAGACAGAGUUUAUUCCAUUGAUUAAUAGGCUAGAGAGAAAAAUGUUUGGAAAUUUGUGGUCUAAGGUUUUUUUAUAAUGUUGUGAUGUCUACAUUUCUCAUUCGUAAAGAGAAUUUCAAUAAAAAAGUUCACAAUUCUUAUUAUGAUGGGUAAAGCUAGGCUUGUUUUAUUUUUCUUGUUUCUUAAUGGCAUAAUUUAUGCCUGUGCUGAACAUUUCCAUGAGACUCUCCUCGGGGCUGUUGGUGGCGGAAAUUAUUCAUAUUACAGACUUUCUCAUACUGGUACAGUAGUACUUCAACUUAACUCACUUGAAGGUGACGCUGAUUUAUAUGUGUCAUCUGGUAACCUGAAGCCAACAUAUGACAUUGAGAAUCACGAGUGGCAAUCGACGACCUGCGGCACAGAGCAUGUUCGUGUUGCCUCACACUACGAACGGCCACUCACUAUUGCUGUGUACGGCCACCCCUCUCAUGAAAUCAGUUUGUAUGAGCUAAAAAUAGAUGUAUAUGAAACAAGUGCAGAUGAAGAAAGCAUCUUCGAUGAAGUCAGUUACCAGGAUGACAAGCCAAAUUUUAGCAAACCAACAUCCAUACCCAAUUUAAAUGGAAAAGACGAACCAGAGUAUGAAGAAAAGUCGGUUUUUUGGACGUUGCUUUGGCGUAUCUUACAUGUUCUUCUUGAUUUAUUAGUAGAUUAAGGCUGUUUCUGCUUAAUGUUAGAAAAUAUGAAAAAUUCUAUAUGCACAUCAUUUUCUAUAUAACCAGGUUUUUCAAAUACUUCUGUAACUUACAAACUAUUCUUGUCAUAAUAUUACUUGUAUCCUUAAAAAUAUGUCAGUAUUUACUAAAAAUUAUUUCAAAAUUUUAAACAAAAUGCAAAUUUUAAAGGAAAUAAUCUUCUAAAAAUUGUAGGUUUCAUAUUUGAUGACAUAUUCAAAAUUGUAUAUUGUGCCUUUUAGUGGUUAUUUUAAGUAAUUCAUUAUUGAAAAUUACUGAUAAUUAGUUUAUAGAAAUAAUUAUAUACAAUCAAAUUUUCAUAUAAAUUUUUUUUCUCAAUUUUGAACAUCUCUAUAAAAUUUUAAAUUUUUAUAAUCUUUAAACUUCUGUCUAAUAUGAUAUAAUGUACUAAAAUAUUUUUUAGAUAAAAAAUUAUGUUACAACUACAAAUUGCCAAUUAACAAUUACAAAGCAACAUAUUUUAUAUAGAAUCUGUGCAUAUUUUUAUAUACAGAGCGCUUACUAAAGUCUGUAUUGACUUUUUUAACUUUUACACUUUUUCAACUAUAGUUAUCAAAAGUUGAAUAUAGGUAUAGUAAAGUGGUUACAUAAUGCAAGAUAAAACUACUCAAAGAAGCAACAAUAAAAAACUGUGAAGUUAGCUUACAAAAUUGUGGAGCAACAUGAUUUAUUACUAAUAGACACCUUAUUAAGAAAAUGAUGUUUAAAAUGAGUAUUCGCCUAUUUGUUAUGAUUUCCUGUAUCUUAUACUGUUUUCCCUUAUCUGAUACUGUUUUUCAGAUGGAAUACUAAUCUGCAAUUUUCCACCCAGUGAUGCUAUAUGUGAUCUCAUCUUGUACUAUAUACCCAUUUUACUAUACCUAAACAUGACUACUGUAACUAUUGAUGGACCAUUCAAAAGUUAACUAGACAGAAAUGGAAUUUAGUGGGCUCCUGUAUAGAUAUACUUUAUAUUUUAACAUUAGAAGGAAACAGCCACAGACAGUUUUGUUUAAUUGUUGGAUAUAAGAAUGUAUUGUUGUCACUGAGCUUCCAUGACUAGGUUCCUUUUUUGUGUUCAAAAUCUGAUUAGUCAUGAUUAAUUUUCUGAAGUUAUUAACUUAAUUAAUAGUUAAUUUUCGUUCGAACAUCUAUAUGUUAAUUUAAUGUGUACUGUAUUGCAACAAAUAGAGCAAGAAUUAUUCUAUCAUCUAAUUUGUAUUUGUUUGGAUUAUCUAUUAAGUUUGCGUGAACUAAGUAUUUGGUGCUUUUGUGAUAUUUCUUAUUUUGUUUUAACUGUUUAUUCAUAAUCCAAUACUAUAAAUCAAAUACAAUGAAACCUUCAAGGAAGACCACCUCUGUGUAGCCACCUCCUCUAUAUGCGACUAUUUAUGGAAGGCACAGAAUUUUUUCCAUAGUCUCUGUGUUGAAGAAAACUUUUGGAAAUCCAACACAUUGUUUUAGUGGAGACCAUCAAAACCUACCCAGCCACUGGGCAUACCUUUGUACCAAAUUUGGAAAAGGUCAAAUUGGGAAACGUGAAAAAAUAUCAAAACAAAAAAUAUUAACAAAACAAAUAGAUUCAAAAUAUUUGUGAGUGGCUCUUAUUUAGAGCACUAAACACAUGCACUAAGGUUUAUUUUUAGAGUUGAAAAUUGAAUUAGAAGAAAAAGUUCUUUUACAAAUAACUGAGCAUCUCAAGCUAACAAACACCUUCUCAUUUUUUAAAGUUAACUAAUUUUUAUGAUAUAAAAUUAAAUGCAAACUUAAACAAAAAACAUAAUUGUUUAUUUAUUUAAAAUAGUUUUAUCAUUCAUAAUUUGUAAUAUACAUAAUUAUAUCAGUAAUAGUCAUUUAUGUUGACGCUAAAUUUUGUUCAGUGAUCUGGUUUUCGUGACGCCAAGAAAAGUGGUAUUUUCGCACUAAGAAAAUGACACUGAGUAAAAUUAAAAUUGCUUGCGAAAAAACAUGUACCUUUGAUAACAUUUUGAAGUCAAUGAAGGUAAUUCCUAAGAACGACCAGCCUCUGUUAACGACAAUUUUACUGUGGAGCAGAGAGUGGUCACUCCCAAGAGGUUUCACAGUACUUAACUGUUCACACUUAUCUAAUUUCAUGUAAUCUGCAUGAAACCAAAUUUUUUAAAUUAUAUAUAAUUAAAAAUGACUAAGUUUACUAUUUAUUCAUAAACUAAAUAUUUAACAGUUCACACUUAUAUAAUUUUGUUUAAUUGCAUAAAACUAAAUUUUUUACAUUCUAUUUCAUUUAAAAUUACCAAUUUAAUUGUUUAUUUAUAAUCCAAUAUUAUAAACCAAAUAUUUAACUGCCCACACUUAUUUAAGUUUGUGUAAUCUGCAUGGAACUAAUUUUUUUAAAAUUAUAUUUUAUUAAUUAGUAAUAGUUGUUUUUAAUUUUUCUAGAUUAUUGCUUUUGUUAUACUUAUUCAUUUCAUUUAUAUAAAAAAAUUAAACAACAACACUGCAUGAAUAUUUUAUAUUCUUCUGAAUAUGCUUAAAAUUCAGAAGUAGUUGAAUUGUACUUUUUAUAUAAAAUAUUAGAACAAAAAAAAUUUAAGAAGUAACAUAUUUUUCAUGUUGUAAUAUGUUAUGUGAAUUGCUCAGUAAAUUUUAACAUUCUUAAUUGAGCAUUUUAACACGUCCUUCAGUAAAAGUUAUGUAAUCUCUGAUGAAAAUUUUAGCUAUUUGUGAUUUAUAAAAACUUAAUCUAGUCAGAAAGAUUUUCUAAUAAAACAUGGUUUGUUUUAAUAAGGUUAUGAAUUACAGUGAAAUCAGUAUAAGUUGACCUCUUGUGGUACAUUGUUUUAGUGGUAAGCUUAAUUAAGAGGAGGAUUAAUAUAUUUUUUUAUAAUUUCUUAUAUAUUACCAAUGAAAAUAUAUGCAAUAAAAAUGUUGACUUUUAAAUUUUAUUUAGUGAGCACUCAGUAUAUCUCACACAAUUAGAUUAAUUACCUGAAUCAAUUUUUAUUUGUUACAUAAAUUUAAUACUACUAAACUGAUUAGAUUAAAAAACAAAUAUGCAUAUUUUGUUAGUGAUGCAUGUCAGUUAUUUAAUAUGAAUAUAUUUUUUGUUUAAAUAUCCAUACAGAAAAACAUUACAGUUAAAAUGUACUAUAUUACAUUAAUUCAUACAUUUUAAAAUUUAUCUUGUUAUGCUUGUAAACUUAUUUGUUACAAAAAUAUUUUCUUAUUGUUGUUAGGAUAAAAAGACUAAAAAACAACAAAAUACUAAAAAAAUAAAGAGAUUAAAAGAAUAUGUAAGUCUAAUAAUUUCCCCAUAUGAUCAGCUUAUAAAGAGGUUUAGGUAAUCUUUCAAUAUUUUUUUUACAGUUUCAAUGAAAUUCUAAUGCAUAAAAUAAAAUAAUAGAAAAUUUCACAAAAAAACAAAUUUUUUUUUUGGCCAAUUCAUGAAUGACAUUUCUUAAAAAACUUGAUUUAUUUCAGUGGUCAACAUACUAGAUAGGCAGGUGGUCAGGUACCAAAGGUUUUGCUCUUUUAUGUUAUUUAAGAUAAAUUUGGUUUUUUCUUAAUAGCCUUUAACUUAUAAAGAAGUUUAACUUAAUACGUUUCACUGUACAUGCAAUAAGUGAAUGUAAUUUUUUUCCAAUUAUUCAGCCCAUUUCAUUUUCAAUAUUAUACUGUUGAUUUUCAUCUCUUUUGACCAUUAUUCACGCUGAUCAUACACUCAGGGUGCAAAAUCUGUAGCUCAGGAUCCAAAUGUAGCUCUUAUUUUCUGAUCAACAGUAAUCUGAAAACUACACUAAAUGUUAUAUUUCUUUAAAAUUAAAUUUAGGAAAUGUGGAGCUACUUAUUCAAAAUGUCACAGUAUAUAUUUAAAUAUAUGUACUCAAGAAUUUAUUUAAAAAUAAAAGGUGUGAUUAAUGUAUAUAGUAA